AUGGCGUCGUCUGAGGCGAAUCACGCCGGUGUUUCGGGCAACCAAGGAACUGCACCAGAGACUAGCCAAGGUGCAACGAGCACGCCUCGACAAGCGACCACAAUGCUGCCAGGCUACGGAGGUGGCUACGGUGGUGGCUACGGAGGUGGCUACGGUGGUGCUGGUUAUACCGGGGGCUACUACGGAGGCUACGGUAUGGGUGGCGGUUAUCUGGGGAACUUUUACGGCCCGGGGACGUACUACGGAGGUCUCGGUUCUGGGCUCUAUGGCGGGUACGCAGCACUAGCGAGCCGUUUCACCAAUGGUGUCGUGAAUGACGGGCACUCGACAACAUCUCAGGCGCUGGGGGUGCUCCAGUCCGUCAUGGCUCCCGGUCAGUCGGCAAUGGCGACCCUGCAGAACGUUAUGCACGCAAUCGCACGAGUAACCGGUAUUCUGGAGGAGAAUAUGCGCACCAUCCAUAUUCUCUUUGACAGCGUGUUUGGACUCGUUUAUAAUCUAACAUUUUUAAGAGAGGAGUUGCGGGGUGCUCUGCAACACUUUCGACCCAAGUCCUGGUUCACAGAGUGGCUGCAGCGAAUCCUGGGCCUCUGGCGUCUCUUGUUACUGCUUGCUCUGACACCAUUCUCGCUCCGAUUGCCGCCUGUUGCGGCCGUUCUGCGCUUUCUCGGACUGGUACCGAGGGAGCAACAGCCUAUAGAGAAUGAUUCAGACACGGAUUCGUUCUCCGAUACGGAUAGCGAGGAAUCGCACCAUGUGGGUGCGUCAAAUCCGCGGACGACUUUGUCAUGGUCGGCGAGAACGGCUGCAGCUGCGGCGAAUGAACGACAGUCGCUAUGA